GUUGGGGAGGGGUUUCUGGGGUGUGAGAGUGUAUUUAUGAACUUCACCUGGAAUUCCUGUCUGUAUACCCACUGCUUCUACAGAACAGCACCUGUGUGACACCAACUGCACAAAUACAGAUAUUAUGGAUCUUUCAGAUGCCCUUGACUUCCCACAGCAAAAUAAUCAGCAGGCAGGAGGUCCAGUAUGGCCCGGCCAACCAGCCAACCCCACCUGGCCUGGUCAGCCUGCUAACCCCACCUGGCCUGGUCAGCCUGCUAACCCCACCUGGCCUGCGCAGCCAAACCAACCAGCAUGGCCUGGACAGCCUGGGCAGCCUACCGCUCCUGGGUGGCCUGGACCUGCACCACAAACCGGCCCUUAUGCUGCUCCUGGCCAAGCUCCAAGAGCACUAACUGUGCCAUUUGACCUGCCGCUACAAAGUGGAGCCUAUAACAAGAUGCUCAUCACUAUCGUUGGAGAGGUCAAACCUAAUGCUAAACAUUUCACAGUUAAUUUAAACAAAGGCAACGACAUUGUGUUUCAUCUAAACCCUCGCUUCAAUGAAGGUGGAAAGCAAGUGAUUGUACGAAACAGCAUGAUUGGAAACCAGUGGGGCAGAGAAGAGCGCGAGCUCCCCUCCUUCCCUUUUGUCCCAGGAAAGCCUUUUGAGCUGAAGAUCUUAUGCACUGACACUGAAUUCAGAGUGGCUGUGAACAAAGUGCACCUUCUGGAAUUCAAACAUCGGACCCGUGAGCUCAACCAGAUCAGAGCUCUUAGUAUCUUCAAUGAUGUCACCCUCAACUCUGUUAAUGUGGAGACACUGCAGUGAAAUCAUACUGCAGAUUCUGUCAUAGACAAGUUUUUUAACAAUGUUUUUUUUUUUUACCUCCAGCAAUCAUCUUUUUUUAAACACUGUGCGUGUCAGUAAGAGUUUAUAUUUACUACAGAUGUUAGAGUGAUAUGAAUUUGCAUGCAAAUACUGUUUUUCUCAAUGCUGUAGUUAGCUUUGCCACCUCUAGGUGGGCCUGUUACUAUCCAGGAAGGGUUAGGUUGUGAUAAGGGUCAAUGAUGGGGUUUAAAGGAAAGAAAUAUUUAACAGAAAAUUAGCAAGAUGAAUUUUAUAUUGAUAUGCGAGAUAUAUGAUACUGAAGUACCAUUGAUUAUAUACUUGCAAAGUCCGCUAUAUUUAUGAUGCUACUCAGAAUAACGGUGGUGGUCAUAGUAGGGAAUGUGAUAUUGGCCAGUCAAGAAUAGUGCAUAAUUCAUGUGAAAUUAGAACUGAAUAAAAUAGGAUUCUAUGAUCUGUAACCAGUGCCAAAAGAUGAUUCUUCUUGGUUUAAUGAUUCCAUGAUUAAAGAAACAAACAGAUGUAAACACUGAGUGGUGUGCAUGUAAUGACAAUCCUCUGUGAGACGUGUGUAUUACACUUUUACUGCCAGCUCCUAAUAUAAAUAAAAUAACAGCAGCGUAAACUGAA